CACCACAUCGUCUUCCUCGAAGCAGCAAAUGCGCCGCUUCCACAGUUUGCCUUCCCUCACACAUGCCGCCGUUACCCAAGCACCCAGCCUCAUGAAAUACCAGAGCGUAUCAAAGACGCGACGAUUGCCAUCCUCGGGGGCUUCGCACCCAUCACUCCUGAGCAUCUUCAGCACGCUCCUCAGUUGCAGUGCGUCGCCCUCACUGCAACGGGGUUCGAUUGGUUAGACAGACAAGCGUUUGCGGAGAGAGGCAUCACUGUCGUCAACUGUCCACAGAACAACGUGGAUGCAGUGGGAGAGCACUUUUUGGCACUGUAUUUUGCUGCACGAAGGAAGAUUGUCGAAGUCCACAAUGCCGUUACUGCACCGGAAAGGUACUGGGUAAAAGAAGGCUCCUUGACACCUCGGUGGAAACAAGGGGCGCCUCUGAGUUGUCAGCAAGAGGUCCUGGGUAUUAUCGGAUACGGGUCGCUCGUCUUGAUUGCAGAGCGCAAAGGUGAAAACAAUGUCCGCGACGGAAGGAUUCAUUUUGAGCACCUCCUCAAGACAGCCACGACUAUUGUCAUUUGUUGCCCAAGAGAACCAGGGACGUUGGGUCUUAUUUCCGCCCCGGAAUUCGAGUUGAUGAAACCAGAGGCGCUACUUCUGAAUAUUUCAAGAGGAGGAAUCGUCUGCGAAAGUACCCUGGCCACAGCGUUGAAACAAGGC